AAAAGGAAGAAAAAGAAGAAGAAGCUGCGAGUCUUAUCGCGAGAGAAUUAGAGAUAGAACGCAGUGGCUCCUCAUUAAUUCAGCUGGCAACUGUUAUUAAUUCUUUGUCAAGGCACCUGACGGCUGUGUCCCUGUGAGCGUUUAUCAAAUUGUCAACAGCGCGCACGUUACAAUUAAUCGGCGCAAUUAAUAGGAUUUCUUUGCAAGAGUUUUUACUUCAUUUAGGAAUAGAUACAACACGAAUGAUAAGAGCUCGGCGGCCGACGGUAAGAGCGCCAGGAGAUUCGGCAUUUAAACACGUUCGUGAUCGCGAGAGCAGAAUAUCGGAAUACCCACGUCGGAUAUCAUUAAUUUCUCGCAUUUUAUCGCACGCAAGGAACAUGUCUGAUGAAGAGUGCUCGCCAAUUCCGACCUCGGAACGGAAAUCGCGUUUCAAAGUGGCGAAAUACGUACCGGUUCUCGACUGGCUACCACGAUACACCCGGUUUAAGGCCGUGUCUGACCUUAUAGCGGGCAUCACUCUAGGUCUGACUAUGAUUCCACAGAGUAUGGCCUACGCAGCAUUAGCCGAACUGACUCCUCAGUAUGGCUUGUAUUCUUGUUUCGUGGGUGGUUUCCUGUACAUUAUUUUCGGGACUAUUAAGGAAGUCUCGAUUGGUCCAUCAUCUUUAAUGGCUCUCCUGACGUUACAAUACACGCGGGACAUGCCGCAAGAUUUCGUAGUACUCUUCUGUUUUUUGGCAGGAUGCAUAGAACUAUUAAUGGGCGUGUUAAAUUUAGGGUUUAUGAUAAAUUUUAUAUCGAUCCCAGUUACUUCGGGUUUUAUGUCGGCAGGAUCGGUCAUUAUAAUAAUUGCUCAGCUGCAGGGUCUCCUGGGACUGAAAUAUAAGUCGGCGAAUAUCGCGGACAAUCUGUACAAACUCUUUAAAAAUAUUAACAAGAUUCGGUUGAGUGAUUUUGCACUCGGGAUUUUCAGCAUUGUGUUUCUUCUAAUCUUCAGAAAACUGAAAGACAUUGACUAUCCUUGUAUGAGGAACAAGAGAAAUGUUACCAGAAAUGCAAUAAUAAAAAAGCUACUUUGGUAUUUUUCCAUUGGUAGAAAUGCUCUUGUCGUGCUCAUAACAGCCACGAUGGCUUAUCAAUUCGAAACAAGAACAGGAUCCGUUCCAUUUAAACUUUCAGGAAAGAUAGAAGGCGGUCUUCCCAAGAUAUCGUUACCGUCCUUUUCAUCGCAAGUGGGAAAUCAAACUUACACGUUUUUCGACAUGUGCGCUCAUUAUGGAUUAGGCCUGGGAAUACUUCCUGUUAUAUCUGUUCUGGCGAACGUAGCGAUAGCGAAAGCGUAUGCAAUGGGCGUUGCCGUUAAUGCGACGCAGGAGAUGCUGACUCUUGGCCUCUGCAACAUAUUGGGCAGCUGCGUGUCUUCGAUGCCAACCACUGGUGCGUUCACCAGAAGCGCAGUGGGCAGUGCUAGCGGUAUACAAACACCUAUGGCCGGUUUAUAUUCCGGAACUAUGACCCUGCUGGCGCUGAGCUUUUUGACACCGUACUUUUAUUACAUUCCACGCGCAACGCUAGCCGCGGUGCUGAUAACCGCCGUGUUGUUCAUGAUCGACCUGAAGAUCAUAAAAUUGCUCUGGAAAGGAAACAAGAUGGAUGCUGUUGCGGCGAUAGGGACCUUUGUACUCUCCGUUCUUAUCGGCAUCGAGAUCGGUCUCCUUCUGGGUAUCCUCUUCAAUCUAAUUCUUUUCAUCCGACUGUCCGCGAGAGUAACGCUUCAAGUUGUCAAAUGCAAAACUCAUUUGGGAAAUAGAUACAUAAUGCUGAAGCCUGACGCCUGUCUUUAUUAUCCCGCAGUAACUUCCUUUUGCGAUAAAAUUAUGAAUGUAGCUAGAAAUGAUGUUCCGUUGAUCGUGAACUGUGAAAGAUUCACUAAUCUUGAUUACACUUCAAUCAAGGGUAUCGAAACGCUGUCAAAAACAUUGAACCGCGAAAGAAAUCGAUUCUGGCUGUUGCAUCUUAACUCCGACAUUCUAGAAAGUUACCGUGUUCUCGCUGAUGAUGAGUACAUUCGUCUGAUCGAGAAAGAAGAGAGCAUCGCAGAUAUCCUUUAUGACGAUACAUUAUAUAAAGAAGAUUCAAUUAACGCUAAGAAGAAAUCAACGGAAAUGGAAAAGCUGAAUGUUAAAGACUUUUCAUAUUCAAAUUCGCAACGGAAAGAUUCUGAAUCUAACGCCGAAGAAGUGAUUUUAAUGCCAUUAAAGGAAUACAAAAUACAAGAAUAACUAUCGAUUUUAUCUCUAUUUAAUUUAGCCUGUAAUUUAAAAAAUUUACAAAUAUAAAUAAUUGUAAUUAUCCAAACUAAUAAGAGAGAAAAUCACGAUUUCAAAACAAAGGUAGUUAAAUUUCGAAUGAAUUAUUAAAACUGUUUAUGAUUUAUAGGCGAAAAUUCCAUUGUAUUGUUCCCAAUAGAUUUUAUUUGUUCCCAAAUAUUUAUAU